UAAAAUAAGAAAAAAACUCUGUGUUCCUGUAGCUUGACUGGUGUUAGCCAUGCAAAUGUUGUGGGUUUGAUACUAUUCAUGCCAAAUGCAGUGAAUGUAUAACCCAGUGUAAUCCAGCUCCUAGAAAUUGUGUUAAUGUAGCCAAUCAGAUUGGAGCUUACAAGUUUAAGGAAGCCCUUUGGCAUUUCUGUGUGAAAUCCUCAAUUUUGUUUUUACAUGAAAUCAUGCAUUACUUCUCAUUGCUAGACCAUUCCUUGUUUUGAUUCUGUUGAAAUGAAAGAUUAAAACCUGAGUUUGUGUUUGACAGAGAGGGAGUGGUCGUCUUCUUGGAUAUGUGGAGGAAGAUGAAGGCAGGGGGUGGAGUCUCUAUAGUUGUCACGAAGACGCAGACGCGGCACGAUGCUUCGACGGAAGAGAUUUGUGCGGUUGCUGGUGGUAGAACCUGAGGCGCUGUCUUCUGAUUGGCUGCUUCACCGGCCAUGGGCUCUGAGCCAAUCACAGCAAAGGAAACUGUGUGUCGAGUUAUUGCUUCAGAUUGCAAGUUGAGACACAUUCAGUCAUUCUCAGGAAAAACAAGCGUCUCUGAUUGGUGAGUGUUAGAGGAAACAUCAGAUUAAAUGGUACAACAUGGUGCUAGCAACUCUAAGGUCAUGGGUUUGAAUCCCAAGUGAACACAGAUUGAUGAAUUGAUGAAUGUACUCUAUGUUUAUGUCACAUUGGAUGAAUGUAUUUGUCAGAUGAACAGAUCAGGGUUUUUAAUUGUCAUUAAAUGAAACUCAUCCUUGUGUUUAGUGUGUCACAGUCAAGCAGAAUUUUCAUUUUUUCCUACUUAACAUAUUUGGCAUCUUUACAUCUUUAUAGCAAACAGCCUUAAAUCAGCUUUUAUCUUAUUUUGAACUGUUAAAGCAGACAUCUAAAACCAGCUGUAAAGCAGUCUUGAAGCAACCUAAAAGGAGGUCUUAAAAGGUGGUUUUAAAAGAGUUUAAAUCUGGUCUAAAGCCAGUUCACAGCAGGUUUAAUUCAGUCCUAAAGCGGAUUUAGAGCAGUCUUGGCCUGGUCAGACUGUUGAUUGUUUUAGAAAAGCUAACUAGUGUUUUUAUUUCAGCAUGGUUUGAAAUCUUAUAAAAUGUCCAGAUAGUUCAGUGAUGUUUUUUUUGUGUGUAGUUACAUCAUUACACCAGUAAGUGGUGUCACGUUUACUUGAUAGUCGUCCUCUUUCAUGGUUACUCGGUUUUGGGUUUAGGCAUGUUUUUGAGCCAAUCACCUGAGCAAUACAUGCUUUAGGUGAUGACAUAUUAACAACACUGAUUGGCUGAUGGCGUGACAAGAAUGUGCCGAAACCUUCACUAGUGAUGUCAGAAGCAGCAGACAUACAAUAUUUAUUCAUUCAUUCAUGCUUAUAAGACGCACUUAAGAUCAACCCGUCACUUCUGCAGCAUCUGUAAUAAAGUGAAACAGAUGAAUAAAGCAGAUCAAUAUCUGAGGUGUAAUCUUCAAAUAUAUUUAAGAAAUGAACAUCGUGACAUUUACUGAAGGAUUUAGACGAUUUUUAUUGUUUAAAUAAAUUUACACGACUGUAUUGUUCUUUAAAAUGAAAUGAUGUAUUUGCAUAAGAAUCAUCAGCCUAAGUGUGUGUGUGUGCGGGUGCAUGCAUUUUCAUGCAACAGUGCAUCUCUGCUCUUUGACUGCACAGCUGUGGUUAGUAACACAUUUACACACAUUCACAAACACACACACACACACACACACUAACCUACACUCAGUCACACUCAUAUAGAGAAAGCCGACACACAUGCUGGUCACAUCUCACACUUGACUUGCAAAAUUUGGGUUUUAUAUACCCACAUGUAAUUGUUCUGAAGGGCUUGAGUGUGUGUUUGUGAGUUUGUGUGUGUGAGAGUGUGUGUGUUUGAGGAAAGAGGAAGUUGUGUGCAGUUGAAAGGUUUCCUCCUCUUUGCAGAUCUGCAGAGCACCACUGACAGAAGAACAAGUGAAUAAGAGAGAGACGGAGAGAGAGAUACCAGAACAGAACUGGAUGCAGAACCAGCACGAGAGAGAGACAGAGAGACACUUUGUCUACAGCAUUUAGUUUUAAUCUAGUAGAUUAAUCCAUUGCAACUAGUUGUAGCUUUACUCUGAGUAAUUUGAUCGUGUUAAAUUGACUUUACUUGCUGAUGUCUAUUGGUCCUCGCUGUCAUUUCAUUGACUAAAGUAGAUUCUGUGCGUGUAGUUUGCUGUUUAACAUUUCGGGGAUGGCUGAUCUGCGGUGAUUUUAGGCCAGUAAAGUUUUGUCUGGUCAUCUGAGAGCAGAACUAGUUUUUAGGACUGAGGUUGAUUUGAGGUCAUCUCACCUGGUUUGGAGAUGGAGUUGUGGAGACAAUGCGCCAGCUGGUUAAUUCAAUGUCGGGUUCUUCCUGACAAUCACAGGGUGACGUGGGACAGCGCACAGGUGUGUGAACUGGCUCAUGCUCUGAGAGAUGGGGUUUUACUCUGUCAACUGCUCAAUAACCUCCUGCCACAGUCAGUCAACCUGAGACUGAUUAACCUGCGUCCUCAGAUGUCUCAGUUUCUGUGUCUGAAGAACAUCAGGACUUUCCUGUGUUCAUGUCAGGAGAAAUUUGGCAUGAAGAAAAACGAACUUUUCGAGGCCUUCGACCUUUUUGACGUGCGAGACUUCGGGAAGGUGAUUGAAACGCUGUCCAUCCUGUCACACACAUCGGUGGCCGUACAGAGAGGUUUCCGGCCGUUUCCAGAUGAAGCCUGUGUUGGAGAUGAUGAUAUUUACACUGGCCUUUCAGACCAGAUUGAUGAUACAGUGGAGGAAGAUGAUGAUCUUUAUGACUGUGUGGAGGAAGAGGAUGAUGAAGGUGAUGAUGUGUAUGAAGAUCUGAUGAGGACAGAAGAACCAGAAACACAGCAGAAGGUGGGAGUGGACAAGAGAAGUUGUUGUCUUGAGGAAAUCAGGCAGACAGAAGAGAAAUAUACCAACACACUGGAAUCAAUACUUCAGCACUUUCUGAAACCAUUACAGGCGUUUUUACAGCCAGUUGAUGUUGAAAACAUUUUUAUGAAUAUUCAGGAGCUAGCAAAGACGCAUCAAUCUCUUCUUCGUGAGAUUCAGGAAUCUAUACUUCAGUUGGGAGCAGAAAAUCUUUAUCAGAUCUUCAUUGACUAUAAGGAGAGGUUGUUACUGUAUGGUCGUUACUGUAGUCAGGUAGAAGCGGCUACCAAACACCUGGACAAAAUCUCCAGUACAAGAGAAGACGUCAAAAUGAAACUAGAGGAGUGCUCUAUGAGAGCAAAUAGUGGCAGAUUUUCACUGAGGGAUCUGCUCAUGGUGCCAAUGCAGAGAGUCCUAAAAUAUCAUCUACUACUACAGGAGCUUAUGAAACACACAGUGGAUCAGCAAGAGAAAGAGAAUUUACGUAAUGGAUUAGAUGCCAUGAGGGAUUUAGCUCAGUGUGUGAACGAAGUGAAGAGAGACAAUGAAAUUAUUCGGCAAAUCACAACAUUUCAGCUGUGUAUUGAGAACAUGUCUCAGUCUUUGGCGUUGUUUGGACGCCCAAAAAUAGAUGGAGAGUUUAAGAUCUGCAAUCCAGAGAAGAAAUCCAAACAAGACAGGUAUGGGUUUCUCUUUGACAAGGCUCUGUUCGUGUGUAAGAAGCGUAGCGGGGAGACGAUGGAACUGAAGGAGUUGAUUGAACUUCAACAUUAUCAGCUGAGAGAUGAACCUUCAGGAGAUCGAGACAGCAAGAAGUGGACACACACGUUCCUCCUGAUGGAUCUGUAUGGUCAGGGCGGCUAUGAUCUGUUCUUCAAGACUCGUGAGCUGAAGAAGAAAUGGCUGGAGCAGUUUGAGAUGGCACUAUCUAACAUGUGUCCAGAGAACAGCACCGCUAAUGGACAUGACUUCCAGAUGUACUGCUUUGAAGAAACCACAUCAUGCAAAGCCUGUCAGAUGCUCCUCAGGGGAAUCUUCUUUCAGGGAUAUCGUUGUACGCGCUGUAAGAUGGCCGCUCAUAAAGAGUGCUUGGGUCGAGUUUCUGUGUGUGGACGUAAUUCUGAAUCGGCAGGAACGUUGAAGAAGGGUAAAACACUGAGGUUAGCUUCUCCGAGACAGACUAAACCAGGUCUGCCGAAGAUGGAGGUUUGUCUGGAUUAUUAUGGUCUUCCUCCUCCUCCGGUGGCGUUCGGUCAGCCUCUUCAGCUGACUGUCGGUGAUGUGGUCGAAUUGACCCGAGCUGAGGUGGACUUACAGUGGUGGGAGGGCAGGAAUCUGACUAUAGGAGAGGUGGGCUGGUUUCCCUGCAGUAAAGUUCAACCCUAUCUACCAGGACCAUCACCAGAGUUAACAGGACUCCCCUGGUUCGCUGGUAACAUGGACCGGUCCGGUGCUAAAACUCUGCUCAUGCCUCGAUCCGACGGCACGUUUCUGGUGCGACAGAAAGACGCUGGAGAAUUUGCCAUCAGUCUCAAGUUUAACAUGGACACCAGACACAUAAAGGUCACAUAUUCUGAGGGUCUCUACAGAAUAAAUGAGAAAAAAGCUUUCAAGGGCCUGUAUGAGCUGGUUCAGUAUUAUCAAGAAAACUCACUGAAAGAAUGUUUCAAAGACGUCGACUCGAAACUCCAGACGCCCUACAAACAACCUGAACAAAACGCAACAGUGAACACAAGCGCACCUGCACACAACACAGGUGAACGUUAUUUUGGCACUGCUAAAGUUCGCUAUGAUUUCUCAGCCCGUGAUCGAACUGAACUGUCCCUGCGAGAGGGAGACACUGUGAAAAUCAUCUCAAAGAAAGCUCACAACGGCUGGUGGAGAGGAGAGGUCUAUGGCCGGGUGGGGCUCUUUCCUGCGAAUUACGUGGAGGAGGAGCAUUCAGAUUACUGCUGACACCAUCACUUACCAUCCAUCAUAUCAUGCAGACAACGACACUUUUAACAUACUGAUGUAACAAACACUGAUACGUUACCAAUGGUUUACAUUUAUUAAAGACAGAAAUCAGAUUUACACUGAAAGAGGAUCUGUGAUCGUGUGCUAUAUAUCUACUAACAUCUACAGUCUCAGUCUAUAUUCAUGUCAGAUGUAUAGACAGAAUCAUGUAGAACACAGAUACAAAUUCAGUUUGGCUUUUACUGAGCUGGGUAAUUUAAUCCAGAUUAAUCAUAGUUUGACCUGUUUGAUGAAAAUAAACUUUUGUGCUUAAGAUA